AUGGAGCGGCCGGGGGAGGGCGGCGAGAUGGCGGCGGCGGCGCUGCGGGCCGCUAAGCGGGCGCUGCGAGGGGAGCUGCGGCAGCGGCUGCGGGCGCUGGGCGCGGCGGAGAAGCAGCGCCAGUCCCGCCUGCUGAGUCGCAAGGUGAUUGGCCAUCCCAAGUACCAAGAAUCCAAAAGAAUUGCAAUCUUCCUGAGCAUGCCGGAUGAAAUCCAGACAGAAGAAAUCAUUAAUGACAUUUUUAAGCAAGGCAAAGAGUGUUUCAUCCCACGUUACAAGCCUCACAGCAAUCACAUGGACAUGCUGAAGUUAUCAUCAGCUGAAGACAUUUCUUCACUUGCUUUGACAUCCUGGAAUAUUCUUCAGCCUAGUGAUGAUGACAGUGCAAGAGAGGAGGCUCUUGCUGGUGGAGGUCUUGACCUUAUCUUCAUGCCAGGCCUUGGGUUUGACAAAAAAGGCAACAGAUUGGGAAGAGGCAGAGGAUAUUAUGAUACGUAUCUUGAAAGAUGUAUGAAACAUCCCAGUGGAAAGCCUUACACGAUUGCCUUGGCUUUUAGGGAACAGAUUUGUGAAUCAGUGCCUGUGGCAGAAAAUGAUGUCCAAGUAGAUGAAAUCCUUUAUGAAGACUGCUGAAAGUAUCUUGAUACCAACCCACCUUCAGAGUGACCGACCAAAGUUGUCAGAUCCAUCAAUCAUGAUUUUUUUAAUAGUCAUGUAUGACUUCGGGAGCAAUAAAAUACACUACUUGUGUUUGAACAAAAAUCGCCAUUGUAAAUGUGGUAAUAGUAGUGAGGAUUGCAUUGAUUUGCUUCUAAUUAGCAAAUAGCUGGUCUGAAUUCUUAUUCUAGAAUCAAUACAAACAAGAAUGUGUGACUGUUUAUCACAGUAAGGACCAUUUCUUCUCAUCAUACUUUUGAGGAACAAGCUACUUGAUACUUAACAAUUUUAUUAUUCCAGUUUAAAAGUGAACUGUCUACUAAUGACAGUUCUUGAUCCAUUCUGGAAUUAGAUACUUGUUAGGGUAAAAGUUCUUAGUACUUAAAUAUUAUGUGCAUCCAUGAGCAAAACAAGACACUGCCAGAUAAGUCCUAUAGUAAUCUGGGCAAAAAAUGCUGAUUGGAAAAAAGCCUUAAUUGAUUUUAGUGUAUACAAUAAUUUUGACUGUUUACUUGGCUCCUUGAAGUUGUCUUAAAAUAAAGGGAAUAUCUGUUAAUAAAAAAAGGUUC